AUGACGGUAAUUUCCAUACCACAGUCUCAUCAGGAUCCCACAACGAAAAUGCACAUUCUCAUUAUUGGUGGUAGCGGCCGGACUGGCCAGCUGACUAUUGAAGAGCUUCUUCGUCGAGGGACUCCCACAAGCAGAGAUGAUGUGAGGGCCGCAUUCCAAGUCCAUGUGCCGGACGUGGUUAUCGUAACCCUCAGUGCCCCUCGCGCUUCUGACAGCCCAUUUGCUGCUCCGAUUUCACCGCCACGUCUCAUGGCCGACUGCAAUGCUAAUGUCGUCUCGGCAAUGAAAGAAUUUGGGGUUAGGAAGGUGGUCAUUCUGCAAGCAUUUGGCGUGGGGGAUUCCUGGAAGAACAUGAAUUGCGUGUUGCAGCUAUUGAUGAAGAAGUCCAACAUGAUUUACCAGUACGAGGACCACAACCACACUGACCGGGACGUACGAGCAAGCGGUGUCGACUUUGUCCUUGUCCGUCCGUCACGAUUGGUGGACACCGACGCCCAGGAGGUAAAGCUCUGGCAGCAAGAUGGGAAGGGGGUUCCAUUGAUGGCCAGCAUAAGUCGUGUAAGCGUCGCUUGCUGGCUGGUGGAUGCCGCUGAAAGGAACGACUGGGACAAUACUGCCCCAGUGAUUACGAAUUAA